UCCUGCAAGGGGACGUAGCUUUUGUCUCUGUGCUCUACAAAUGCUGCCUCGGCGGCGCCAUCUGGGAUCUGGGUCCAUUGUGCUUUGAAGAAGUAGCUGUUUGUGGGAUCAUGGACUCUCUCGGUGAUGAUGAUUUGGAAAUUAAGAACAAGGGAGACCACAGCAAAAUACACACAGUGGAGAAACAAUCAAAAUAUUCAGAGGGUGGAGAGAGUUUCAGUCAGAACUCCCAUUCUAUUUCCAAUCAUGGAAAUCCUAUUGGGAAGAAACCUUUCCAGUGCUUGGAAUGUGGAAAGAGCUUCAGUCGAAACUCCCAUCUCACUUCCCAUCAAAGAAUUCAUACUGGGGAGAAACCAUAUCAGUGCUCGGAAUGUGGAAAGAGCUUCAGUCAGAAGGAAAAUCUCACUUCCCAUCAAAGAAUUCAUACUGGGGAGAAACCAUAUCAGUGCUUGGAAUGUGGGAAGAGCUUUAAUACAAGCACAAGCUUCCAUAGACAUCAAAAUAUUCACCGUGGGGAGAAACCCUACACGUGCUUAGAAUGUGGAAAGAGCUUCAGUCAGAACACUCACCUCACUUCCCACCGGAGAAUUCACAGUGGGGAGGAACCAUAUCAGUGCUUAGAAUGUGGAAAGAGCUUCACCUGGAAGGAAAGUUUCAUUUCCCAUCAAAUAAUUCAUACAGGGGAUAAACCGUAUCAGUGCUUGGAAUGUGGAAAGAGCUUUAAUACAAGCAAAACCUUUCGUCAGCAUCAAAGUAUUCACUAUGGGGAGAAACCAUUUCAGUGUGAAGAGUGUGGAAAGAUUUUUAGACGAAAGGAAAAUCUCACUUCCCAUCAAAGAAUUCAUACAGGGGAGAAACCAUAUCAGUGCUUUGAAUGUGGAAGGAGCUUCACCCAGAAGGAAAGUCUCAAUUCCCAUCAAAUAAUUCAUACAGGGGAGAAACCCUAUCUGUGCUUGGAAUGUGGAAAGAGCUUCAACCACAGGGCCAAUCUCAUGGCUCAUCAAAGAAUUCAUACAGGGGAAAAACCAUAUCAGUGCUCAGAAUGUGGAAAGAGCUUCAGUAAGAGGGCCAAUCUUACGGCCCAUCAAAGAGUUCAUACAGGAGAGAAACCAUAUCAGUGCUCGGAAUGUGGAAAGAGCUUCAGUCGGAACUCCCAUCUCACUUCCCAUCAAAGAACUCACAGUGAGGAGAAUCAUAGAAUCACAGAAUUGUAGAAUUGGAUGGGAACCAGUGUUGAACCAAAGGUGAGACUGUUCUGGAAGGCCUGCAAAGGCCAUAGUGGUAGUCAAGAUAAACCCAAACUAAUUGGUAGUUGUUUAAGUAAUGAGUUCACCUAUGUUUAUGUAUUUGCUCUGGUAUAUGCAAAUUGGCUUGCUUUGAUGCUAUGCUUAUCUGUGGGCUGGGGUGCUGGGUUCUUGGCUAUCCGUAAGACUUCAGUAUUUGCUACCUAUGCCCUCAUUGGCCAGGUGGAGUAAAGGGAGGUUCUUGCCAAAGUGACAUAUGCUACUUUGUGCAAAAGUAUUACUUAAUAUAUUAGCACCUUGUGGAAAAGUCAUGAUGACCUCUCACUGCUCUGGUGGCUUGCUCGUGUCUGUAAUGGCAGUGGGGCUGUGCAGGUAUGUCACAAAUUUACACCUUUCUGUAAUAAAGCACUAGAACUGGUCAUUGCAGCACUUUUGACAUCUUUCCUUGGUAUCCCUGCAUCAAACCACUCAAUUAGGCCUUCCUUUGAGCCCGUCAAUUGGCAUAGAUAUUAAAAUAAGGGUGGAUUGGGGUAGGCAAGGCCAUGGUACUGCAGAGGACCCAGCUUGUUUUAUUGAUGACUUGUUAAUUAUUUCAUAUGACUUAUGCUGCAUUUGUGAUGUUAUGUUCUAUUGUUUGUAAGCGACUUUGGGAUUUCUUUGAAUGAAAAGCGGCAUAGAAAUAUAAUCAAUCCAUUGCAUUCCAAUCC